AUGACUCUACCUUAUUUAACGGAUGAUUGUAUCCUUUACAUUUUACAAUCAUUUCAAAAUAAUCGUUCUACUUUAUUUAAUUGUUUAUUAGUCAAUCGAUUUUGGUGUAAAUCAACGAUUCCAUUGCUUUACGCGAAUCCUUUUGCAAAUAUAACAGAAAAAAACUUAUCGAUAAUCUUGACCUUAAUUUUUUGCUUUAACGAAGAAGAAAUUUUACAAUUAAAGAAUCAAUUAGAAUUAAACCAGAUUGAUAAUAUUAAUUUGGAUGAAGAAUAUAAACCAUUAUUUGAAUAUCCAAAAUUUUUGGAAAAAUAUGAUUUUUUUACGGUAAAUUCCGUAAUUAAUAAUUCUUUAGAAAGUUAUUGUUCAGUUUCUCAUGGUAAAAUAUAUUAUAGUAUUCCAAUAUUUCAUAAAUCAAUUUUACGACAAUGUAGAAAUCUUAAACAAUUAGAUAUUUCAUCACAUGUUUUUGAUAAACACUGGUUUAAAAACUUUAAUGUUCAAAAUUUCAGUUCAAAUUUAACAAAAUUAGAUUUAUUAACAUUAAGUUUUUAUUUAAGAGGAGAAGGAAUUGAAAAUGAAUUUUUAAACAAUAUAUCAAAUCUUUGUUUAAAUUUGAGAAAAUUGAUAGUUAAGUUUCCUGAAAUUGUAAGAGAGAUGAUUCCUGAUAAUUUGUUCAGUGUUACUACUUUUGAAAUAGUUUGUACAAUUAUUCAAGGGCAAAAUAGACUUAAAAUAUUUAAGUUAGAGAAUUGUUAUUCUUUAUUAAAUAAUAUUCUUUUGUCUUUAGAAUUUCAAAAGGAUUCUUUAGUUAAUAUUGAUUUUACAAAUUCUAACUUUAAGGAGGUUAAUUUUAAUAGUUUUAAUAAUUUAUAUAAUUUAAAAUAUUUAAGAUUUGAAAAAUGUAAAGGUUUAAUUCCAGAUCAAUGUGAAAUUUUAAAAUUUGCUUCAUUUAAGCUCAAGAAAUUAUUAUUUGUAAGCAAUACUUGGAACGCUGACGUCACAUCAUCAAUGGUUAAAUAUUUAGGCGCAUCAUUACAAAGAUUAUUAAUUGAAAAUCCACCUAUUGAAAAUAUAUCAAUAUAUUGUUUAAAUCUUAUUUUUUUAAAAAUAACCAUUGACGAUCAUUUUGAUUCUUCAGUUGUACCAUAUUUUAGAAAUUUAAGAACAAAAAUGUUAAAUUUUAAUGUUCUUUUUUAUGAUACUAAUUUUUUUCUAAGUUUAGCUAAUAGUAUACCUAUUAAUAUUAAAGAAAUUUCUAUUUAUAUUUAUUUUCGUAAUCCAAAUAAGUUUUUAAGAAUUAAGGAAUUUUUAGAAAAUUGUCAUAAUAAUUUUGAAUUGAUUAAUAUAGGUCUUAAUCUUGAUUUGAAAUUACUUAAAGUUGUUUUGGAUUAUAUUGAAAGAAGUAAUAAUAGUUUGAAAAUUUUUGGUAUGACGAAAUUGGAUAAAAAAUUAAAACUUGAGGAAUCAAAAUUAUUGAAUAUAAUUAAAUCAAAAGGUGUCAAAAUAAUGGAAUUUGAUAGUAUACAUAGUGUUUAUAAUGUUUGUAAAGGUUAG